AUGGAUCAGCGCGCCGCCCCAGAUUUCAUACUCGAAGCCUUUGCAGACCCUAACUCGGUGCGCGAUGUCGUCCGCGGAAUCCUCCACACCAUCUUCUUCCUCCGCUUCUUCCCCUCCGUAAUCCCGCAAACCCGCGACGUCCUGGGGCUCGAGCUGGCCUACGUCCCCGAAGCCGAGAUCGAGACGCUCAUCGACCAGCGCGUGGCGGCGCUCGUGCGCCAACUCGAAUCCGAGCGCCACCAGUCCCACCAUCUGUCCACCGAUAACCGCGGCGGCGGGUUGGGACUCGGGCUCAUAGGAGGAGGGAGAGGAACGCCGCCUCCCUCUACAACCGGCGGCGGCGGGCGCGGCCAAAUCACAGUCCAGUUUCUCGAGAAGCGCCGGCGCAAGACAUGGUACGCCAUGCGCGGCGACGACGAAGUCUGCUGGGAGAGCUGGACGGUCAAGGUGACGGUGGCCGAUCCGCGGACAGAAGGCGUUUCUUUUCGGAAAGCAGAACGAGCCAAGCUGCGCCGCGCCUCCGAAACAACACUCCACAACACAAUCAUGAAGGCCAUCACCCUCGCCAACGCACACAAGGACCACAUCCCGCCCAUCACCACGACCGAGUCGAACCCCUUUCCCUACCAGAUCCAUGUCGGCGGCAGCGGGCAGCAGCAAAAAGACGGGACGACGGCGACAUUACCGGCAGCAGCAGCAGUAGGCGGUGGCGGAGGAGGAGGUGGUGGUGGCGGUCCCGCGGCUACCGCGGCUGCGGCUGCUGCGGGGUGGGCGACGCGGAUGGGUAUCUACUAG